GCGGCUUUGCGGGCGCUAAUGGGAGCAUGAUGAUCGAGGUGGUGCCGUUCUUCCAUAUCCUCGCGACGCACAUCGCGGCUGAGAUCGGCGAGGACCAUCCGCGCGAGAUCAUCGCGACGACGCUCGUCGCGUUCGCGUUCUCGUCCAUUCUCACCGGUAUCACGUUUUUCCUGCUCGGCGCGUUCAAACUAGGCGGCCUCGUCGGCUUCUUCCCGCGGCACAUCCUGGUCGGGUGCAUCGGCGGCGUGGGCGUGUUCCUCAUCAUCACCGGGCUGACGGUGAGCACGCGCAUGUCGGACGACGACUUUGCGCUCUCGCUCGAGACAUUCCGCUUCCUCGUCCUCGAGGCGGGCAACCUCGUGCUCUGGGCGCCUGCGUUCGUGCUCGCGGUCGUGCUCCGCGUGGUCACGCACCGGUGGGACCAUCAACUCAUUCUGCCGGCCUACUUCAUCGCACUCCCGGCCGUGUUCUACAUCGUCGUCGCGGUCGCGGGGCUCGAUCUCAAUGUGCUCCGGAAGGAGGGGUGGAUAUUCGACGUCGCGACGACGCAGGAGUCGUGGUACCAGUUUUAUACGUAUUUCGAUUUAUCUGCGACGAGGUUUGGGCCGCUGUGGUCGACGUUGCCCACGCAACUCGCCUUGCUGUUUUUCAACAUCUUGCAUCCGCCGCUCAACGUACCUGCGCUCGCGGUCUCGCUGAACGAGGACGCCAACACCGAUAAGGAGCUCGUCGCGCACGGAUGCUCGAACCUCGUCGCCGGUUUCCUGGGCACGGUUCCCAAUUAUUUGGUGUAUGUCAAUACCCUUUUGUUCUAUCGUGUCGGGGGCACCACUCGCUUGUCGGGCUUCAUGCUCGCGGGCGCGACGGCGCUGCUGUUGUUUAUCGGGACCGGACCCAUCGCAUACAUCCCCGUGAUGGUCGUGGCGGCGCUGAUAUUCGUGCUCGGGUUCGAUCUCGUAAAGGAGGCUCUCUGGGACACGCGCCACCGCGUUAGCACGUCCGAGUACGCGACGAUCGUGUGUAUCAUGGUCGCCAUGACCGUGUGGGACUUCGUGAUCGGGGUGUUGUUCGGGAUCAUCGUCAGCUGCCUGUUCUUCGUCGUGCAGAAUUCGCAGCGGCGGAGCAUACGCACGGUGCAUACGGGCGAGACGAUCAUGUCGACGGUGCGCAGACCGAGCGCGCACCGGGCGUAUAUCAGGGAGGUGUCGAAGCAGACGACGAUCCUUCGCCUGCAAGGCUUCCUCUUCUUCGGCACGAUCACACACGUGGAGGAGACGAUCCGCACCCUCGUCGCCGGGCCCGCGUGGGCGCGCAACCCCGUGCAGUUCCUCGUCGUCGACCUCUCGCUCGUCGCGGGCGUCGAUAUGUCCUCUGCCGAGGCGUUCAUGCGCGUGCAGCGCCUGCUCGCGGGGAAGCGCAUCGUGCUCGUGUUUUGUGGGCUCGUUGCGGGGAGCGGCGUGUACAAGGCGCUCGAGAGCAUCGGGCUGUUUGGGAUGGAGGGCGUGGAGCUGUUCGUGGCGCCGAACGAUGCGAUGGAAUGGACUGAAAAUGCGUAUCUGAGAGCGUGGCUCUUGGCCAACAGCGCGGAGACGAAGGCAGUCGCUCUUCCCGGCCGCCAAGGGGGCACGAAUCUAGAGCUGCACCAGUCCGUGUCUGGCUCGCCACGGCGCUCCCAUCUGCGAGACGCGGGAUGGCGCACGAUGGCACUCAGUAAGGCCGCCGGAUCGGACUUGGACUUCACGUCGCCCGACGCGACCGAGCCGCUGAACACGCUCGUGCAAGCCUUCUCCUCGUACGGCGCCGUCGACCGCGAGACGUUCCGCCCGCUCAUCGUGUACCUCGAGCGCCUGUCCGUCCCGCAGGGCCGCGUGCUGUGGGCGCAGGGCGCCGCGCCAGACGGGCUGUACAUCGUCGAGGCGGGCGUGCUGCGCGCGUCGUACCGCUUCGCGGAGCACGUGCCGCCGAUCGAGGAGUCGAUGGUGCCCGGCACGCUCGCGGGCGAGCUCUCCGCGCUCUCCGGCCUCGCGCGCAACGCGACCGUCGUCGUGGAGCGCGCGGCGGUGCUGUGGAAGCUGAGCGCGGAGAACCUGCGGCGGCUCGACGCGGAGCAGCCGGAGCUCGCGCGGACGUUUACGAAGCUGGUGCUAAAAUCCGCGAAAGUGGACUAUGAUAUCUUGCUGUCUGCUCUGGCGACUAGGCAGUGACGGCGUGCGUGUAAUCGAAUGUGUAUAGGGUGCGAGGUGCGGAGAUGGGAUAGAAGGGAUCUACGUUACCUAUAGUAGACAUCGUGGAGGACGGACAGCCUUAUUGAUGAGCCCAACUGUAUCAACUAACUUCAAUGUCGCGAGCAACCACUUGACUGCGUAGCAUAUGACAGCGGAUUCACGU